CGCUACUGUUUACAAAUCAGCAGAGUCCGACACAGCAGGAUGAGGAGUCCUGCAUGAACUGAGCAGAAUCAUCCUUUUCUUCUGACUCUUGGCUGUGGAGAAUCACAAGGCUGUGACAGUCCGGCUGGGUCGCGGUCAUGCAGCAUCCCAAUUUCGAGACUCGCCACCCGCUCCAGACAGACGAGCAACAGGAGACGGGGUUCGACCCUCUACACAAUUUCAACAAGAACCGCAGCAGUACGUUGACUGUCAUUGACACUCCCUACGGAGGAUCUCUUGACAGCAGCGGUUACUCACAGUCUCAGUCAACCUUCCUCUCAUACAGGAAAGAAUGGGACGACUUGUUCCUCAACAGUAAUUACCUGGCCAGGAUCCGGCAGGCAGGCAUCAAUGGUCGACUGAGGAGCAGCCGCUUUCGGAGCGUAUGCUGGAAGUUGUAUCUGGAGGUUCUUCCUGAAGACAAGGGGCAGUGGAUCAACAAGACCAAGGAGCUCCGAGCCCAGUAUGAGAAGAUCAAAGAGACGCACAUCACUAACCCUCGCAAGGCUGCAGGCCAGCAGGACCUGGUGGUCAACAACCCACUGUCCCAGGAUGAGGGGAGCCUGUGGAACAAGUUCUUCCAGGAUAAAGAGCUGAAGGGGAUGGUCAAACAGGACGUGUUGAGAACGUUCCCUGAGAUCCGUUACUUCCAGGAUGAGGAUGUGAGGACCAAGCUGACGGACAUUCUCUUCUGUUAUGCCAGAGAAAAUGAACAGUUACUGUAUAAACAGGGGAUGCACGAGUUGCUGGCUCCCAUAGUGUUUGUGCUACACUGUGACCAUCAAGCCUUCCAGCAUGCCAGUGAGACAGCCAGCCCCAGUGAGGAGAUGAAGUGUCUGUUGAACCCAGUGUACCUGGAGCACGAUGCCUAUGCCAUGUUCUCGCAGCUCAUGGAGACAGCAGAGCCGUGGUUCUCCAGCUUUGAGAGGGAAGUGAGGAAGGGUAAGGAAGAGAUGCUGACCAGCAUACCGUUCGCUCGGCCCCAGGACUCAGGGCCAUCUGUUGCCAUAGUGACCAAAGUCAACCGCAUCCAGGACCAGCUGGUGAAGAAGCACGAUGUGGAACUGCACAUGCAUCUCAACCGACUGGAGAUCGCACCGCAGAUCUACGGCAUCCGGUGGGUACGUCUGCUGUUUGGUCGUGAGUUUCCGCUCCAGGACCUACUGGUGGUGUGGGACGCCCUGUUUGCUGACAGCAUCACUCUGGACCUGGUGGACUACAUCUUUGUGGCCAUGCUGCUCUACAUCCGAGAUGCCCUCAUCGCUAGUAACUUCCAGACCUGCCUGGGCCUUCUAAUGCACUACCCUCCAAUAGGAGACAUCAAUGCCCUGCUCCAAAAGGCUCUGUUCCUCCGCGAUCCCAAAAACAAUCCACGACCUGUCAACUACCAGUUUCAGCAGAACCUGGAUUACUACAAAACAAGGGGAGCGGACCUCAUGAACAAGACACGUUCCGGUUCCAGUACAAAAACGGCCUCCAUCAACAUCAACAAGGUCUCCAGCAGCCUGCUGAGCUUCGGCAGGAAGCUCAUCGCUCCAGCCAUGACGGGCGGGUCCAGCGGCAUCUCGCCAAUCAACAGCGAGAUACACUCCUCCACUUCCUCCUCCUCAUCUACUUCCCCGGCCUCAGCCCCUGCGCCCACCUUGCCUCACCCGCUGGCCGAGCCCCCGUCGGGACACGCUCCGCUGCAGACCCCGAGCCACGCCCAGAAUCAGCACUAUCGCUUGCUCAAGUCCGAGAGCAUGCCGGUCCACCUCAGCAAAGAUGUAGUUUCAGGUGGAGUGUCUCAGGUCUCUCUCCCAGCCCAGACUCACACUGACACACAAGGGCAAAGCUCCAGGACGGUCAGCUCCUCUCCCAGCAUAGAAAGUCUCUCCGGUGGACGAGGUCAACCCACCGCCUCCCCACCCCUUCCCCCCUCCCGAGGCAGUGAUGUCAGCACUUCUUCCCCGCCCCUCUCCGCCACCAAGAAAGAGUCGUUCUUCAACAUCACUCGCUCUCGCUCCCACAGCAAGACCAUGGGCAAGAAGGAGCCGGAUGAGGACCUGGAAGCCCAAGUAUCUUUCCUGCAGGGCCAGAUCAAUGACCUGGAGGCCAUGAGCAAAUACUGUGCUAAGAUGAUGAACACACACAUCUGUAAAAUCCAGGAAGUGAUUCUCCAAGAACACCUGGAGAAAGAGGAUGAGGUCCUGGUGUCACUGGCUGGACUGAAACAGAUCAAAGACAUCCUGAAGGGGGCUCUGCGCUUCAACCAAAGCCAGCUGGAGGCUGAGGAGAACGAGGAGAUCACCAUCGCAGAUGAUCACUACACCUCCACAGCAGCCGCUGAAACUGCUCUGAGCGCCAACAAUCACCACGGUGACCACCAGCAGCGAGGAAACAGCAGGCGGAGCCGGGACUCUGAUCUGGAUGAGAGUGUGAGCACGGACGACAAAGAAGAGGAAGAGCAGGCGAUGACCCCACCUGAGCAACAGGUGGCGUCUUCCCUCGGCUCAGAGGGAAGUAAAAACUGGGACGACUACAUCCUCGUCUCCCAGGAUGGAGACCUGCAGGCCGCUGAGGGAGGUGGAGGAGGAGGAGGAAGAAGAGCUGCGGCUGAGCACACCCCUCCGAUCAGGCGAGGGCGGGGCCUGGUGCGAAUGGAACCUGAGGGCGCAACCGGGACCUUCCACGACCCACUGAUGGCUGGCACCACCUCAGGCUCCUCCAGCCCGGACGAGGGCUCCACCCACAGCAAGGACUCUGACUUCACCAUUGUCAACCCGAACGACCUGUGAACAAGCAAAUCUCCCCACUCCUCCUCCUCCUCUUAUACCUGUGUCAUAUCCCAUUCUGAGGGAGUGAUAAAAGAAAACUGACUUGGGAUCAGAGGGGGGAAUCUGCAGUUUUUGGUGGUGCACCGCUGGAGCUGCUGUCCGCUAGAAAAUUGCACAUGUGGACUGUGACACUUUGAGUCACAAAUACCUUAUACUCUGUCUCUUUAACUGUCAUCUGUGCCACUUCAGUCCUGUCUGAGCUGAUGCUGUAUGCUAUCUCAUCUGCCUAAUGCUUGUCUCCUCAUUAUGUCGUGUCCUGUCACUCAUUUAACUGUAGCGCUCUGCUCUACAGAGAGAGGGCAUCAUUGAACUGCUUACCCUAUCACUACAUGAUUACUGUGUAAGGUUGGACCUCAAACUUCAGGGAAGGACCCCCCCCCUCCCCCCCUGAGCCUGCUGUACUGAUGGAGAGCGUGACCCUCCGUUUCUUCUGAAUGUGGAGAUCUGGCCAUACCCCUGCCUGCGUUAUGUUUGUCUGUCCUUACAGAGGAAGCUCUCUUCUCAGAUACUCGAAAGGAAAGAAGGACGAUGUCCUCCUGUCAGUUGUCGAGGGCAGCUUUCUCCCCCUCCUGAACCAGUGCCUCUGACCAUUAAUGUUAUCUCAACCAAACAAAACCUGACUCUGUGAUCUUAUUAUUUUUGUUAGCUUUUUUUUUUUUUUUAAUUUUUAAGACAAUAUUUUUAACCCUUAGACCUAUAGUUUCCUGGAUAAAAAUGAUUAAAUUAUGGAAUAAGUCUGUUUUUCCUUUUUUGUUUUUUAAAAUUGAUUCCAAUGUGGACAUUUUAAUGUGGUAAUUAAUACUUCUUAUUUCUGAGCUGAGUUGUUCUCGUGUCCUGUGGAAACCAUGUAAAGCAGCACACACAAAGAAUGUCCCUCUAGCUGCCCAUUCAGCAUAAUUAACUCUAGACCAAUAAAACUACAUCGCUCUUGCUACUCAC